AUGGGUCAACAUUGUCCAAACGCCUCGUGCGAUGAACUACGAGCAUUAUCGGGGAACGUUUCACAACUGCCUGAAUUACUGACCUGGCUUGAACAAAAUUCAACGAAAAAACUCACUCUCCAUACUAUUCCAAAGGAUGAUAUCGAGCCGAUGGAAUGGCCUAUAAAACACGCUCAAUGUCAAAGUUGCUUUUACUGUUUUAUGGACAGGGAAGUUUACGUUUUGAUAGCCACCUUCGAUCGAGUCCAGACUGAAUUUAUAAUACGGACUCCGUACUACACUACAUAUACACUGGACGGUACAUACGAUGUUAUCACUGACACUUAUCGUUUCGGGAAAUUUAAAUCGACGAAAACAAACCUCAGCGGGUCCGUGCUCCGGUUUCGAAUCGGCAACGUUUUAUUUUUGAAACGCGGCAACGCGGUAUCAGCGACCGAGACGUUUAACACGUACGGAUAUCUACAUUUGUCUGCACUCACUGGACAGAUGUCACCGGCGGCAGAAGAGAGCAGGUCUGCCACGAGCUCCACGGAAGACGGAGCAGAGUUUGGAUCGUAUUAA